AUGGCAGCAGCGUCGUCAGGGACUCUCAUGUUCCUAAACGGCCUGUCGAAUGGCGGCGCCAGCCACGCCGCCAUUCGCGGCCCGCGCUUCAGCACCUACGGCCGACGUGGCACGCCUGUCUCCGCCGCGUCGCGUGCGACACUAUCGAGAUUUCGACCCGAUUGCGACACGUGGCAAUCGGCCACCGCGCGACAUUGCGGGUGGUUCAGCGGGGAGAUUGGGGGACUAUGGGUAACCAGCGGAACUGGCGGGAUUGCCGGAGGAUUGCGGAGGCGCGCGAAACGGAAAGGGGGAGUAUCUGCAGCGGUAGGGGGUGCCGGUGGGGGGGGAGUGGUUGUGGUAGCGGCGGCGGGAGCGGAGCAAUCGCCUUAUGACGUGCUGGGAGUGCCUCGAGGCGCGUCUCAGAAGGAGAUUAAGUCCGCGUUCCGGCGGCUGGCCCUUAAGUACCACCCCGACGUGAAUAAAGCGCCCGACGCACAGCAGCGAUUUGUGCGCAUAAAGCAGGCGUAUCAGACCCUCACAGACCCCGAUGCUGCUGCCAACGCCAAGGCGCGGGCUGCCUCCCAGCGGCAGCAGCAGCAGUGGGCGCGGAGGAACACCAGUAGCAGCAGCAGCAGCAGCAGCAGCAGGGCGAGGGGAGGGUAUGGGGCGCAGUGGGAUGCGGAUUUCAGCGGUCCGUUUGAUCCCUUUGAUGCGUGGAAGGGGCCCACGAACAAGCCAGAUGACUUCUACAGCCUCGACGAUUUCUUCAAGGAUCUUCAGAAGGACUUUGAGGAGAAGCAGAAGGAGCGCGGCACUGGCAAGCCCAAGAGCCUGUGGGAGGAGCUGGCGGAUCUUGGAGAGGACUUAGUGGAUUUCCUGGAGAAGAAUGUACCGGAGCAGCAAGAGAAGCCCAACUACAGCAAGGAGUAUUUCUAUUCUGGAGCCAGCAGCCAACCAGAUGGCAGCAGCAGUGGCCCCGGCACCCAGCAUAGUGUGUGGAAGGAGAGGAUGAAGAGAGAGGAGAAGAUUGAUAGUGAGCUUCAAAAGCUGAAGCGGGAGAUGGGGCUGUGA